CCAUCCCAAAUUACUGGACCUUGCAAACCCACACAUCUGUUUCACUUAGGUUUCAACAUUAAAAUCUCAACUCAAUUACAUCAACCAACACUGAGCUGUAAAACAUUGGCUACAGAAUGAGAACGUAAUGAAUCAAAUUUCCACUCUGCAAAACAAUUUCACAACAUUUUACCCGUACAAAUUUGACGCAACCAAUCCAAAUUUCCUCUUCUCCAAAAUCAAAAUCACUAAACCAGUCACUUGCUUCAAUCCAUCGCAUGCCAUUUCUCACGAUAACUCAACCAAACACAAGACGCUCCUCGUUGAGAGCUUCCAUGAGCACCAGAGGUUCAAGGAAUUGCUCGCCAGGCUCAACAAGAAGGGCUCAUGCCCCUUGCUAAUGCUUGAGGAGGAUGGCGAUUGGUCCAAAGAUCAUUUCUGGACUGUUAUCAGAUUUCUUAGACAGUGCUCUAGAUCUGACGAGAUUCUCCAGGUCUUUAAUAUGUGGAAGGACAGAGAGACUUCAAGAAUUAAUGAAUUUAACUAUGAGAAGAUUAUAGAGAUGUUAGGUGAAGAAGGUUUAAUGGAAGAUGCAGUCUUGGCAUUCACUGAUAUUAAGACAUUUUGUCUAAGUCCAUCUCUACAAGUUUACAAUUCCUUAAUUCAUGGUUUUGCUAGAAAUGGAAAAUUUGAUGAUGCUCUUUUUCAUCUUAAUCAAAUGAAAGAAACCAAUUUGACCUUAGAAAGCGAUACCUAUGAUGGCUUGAUACAAGCUUACGGGAAGUUCAAAAUGUACGAUGAGAUGGGAAUGUGCUUGAAGAAGAUGGAGAUGGAUGGGUGCACUCCGGAUCGGAUAACUUAUAAUGUGCUUAUCGAAGAGUUUGCACGAGCGGGUUUGCUUACAAGAAUGGAAAAGGCGUAUCAAAGGACUCGAAUGGAAAGGAUAGAUUUGAAGUCUUCCGCUUUGAUUGCAAUGGUUGAGGCUUAUGCAAAUUUUGGAGUUGUGGAUAAGAAGGAGACGGUUAUGAAGCGGGUAAGGACCAACACACGGGAUUUUAACGAAGAUUUGGUUAGGAAAAUAGCUCUAGUUUAUAUUGAAAACUUCAUGUUUUCCAGAUUGGAGAAGUUGGCAUAUUAA